UAGACCUGAAGAUGUAAAGCAGAAAGGGAUUCAGUAAAAUGUUCAAAUAAAUGUAUUUAGCCAAAUAUUCAUCAGUUGGCAGGAAGAAUGUAAACACUGUAGAAGCUGCUUUCAUUUCACACACAGUUCAGAGGAAUCUUAACUGGAAAAACAAAUCUGUCAAAUCAAAGACUAGUAAUCAGUUGUCUCCAGAUAAUUUAUUCUUUCAUAACUUUGAUUUGUCUGUGGAGUGAUGAGUGAUCUUUAUUGUUGCUUUAUUAUACAGUAAUUAACAUUAAGCAGGUUUCAGUGCAGAUUGAAGCACAACCACUGUAGUGAGACUUGUCAGAUCUGGACGAGAGAGUACAGUUAAAAUCACAGCUUCAGAUUUGUGGAAAAUCUAUUAUAUGUGUUGAAAAACAAACAAAAAGGAAAGAGAGAAACACUUUGUUGUCCCUCAUCCAGGACACCACAUCUACACUUGUCAAAUAGGGACUAAAUUAAGUCAGAGGAGCUUAAGACUGUUUAAAACAUAGUAACAAAAUAAAAUAAGAAUUACAAUUUUAUUAAAUUUGCUGAAACAGAAACAAACAAAAUGAAAAGGGGGAAUUUCACAGCUUUUUUCUUUAUGCAGAUCAGAUCUAGACUCAUCAAAUCUGGACUAAAUUAACUCAGAGAAGCUAAAACCCCAGUUUCAAAUUAGUCAAAAACCAAAUCUCUAUUUAUUGUUUUCAUCAAGUUUCCCUGAACUCAGAUGCAACAAAUCUGAAGCGUGGUUCAUUCUUUGUUAUUCUUCAUCCAACACACAGAAUCACGAUAAAAGUUUGUACUGUAGUUUAUCAGUUAAUAAACAAACAUAGUGUCAUCAUGACAACAUGGACUAUUAGUUAUUUAGUUAGUUAGUUAGCGUUGACUGAUCAAUAGCAGCUAGCUAAUGCUAACCUUAGCCAACAACCCUGUUGCUAUCCAACUACACAGCUGAAGAGAGACACAGUGAUUUGUGCUAAGCUAGCUGUCGUUCAGCUAACGAGUCACAUUUAGAUACUGACGUUAUUUAUCAAUCUGGAUUAAUUUAGCGAGCCACAACUCUACUAGUUAGCAAAUAUACAACUCUACUAGUUAGCAAAGCUACAACUCUACUAGUUAGCAAAGCAAGAGCUCUGCUAGUUAGCAAAGCAAGAGCUCUGCUAGUUAGCAAAGCUAGUGCAUGUUAGCGGUGCAGCAGCUAGCCGAGCUAACGUGUACAGCGGAUGUUUUUACAGUUGUGUUAAUAAACAGCUGAUGUUCCAGUCCUCGUGUCUUGUUGUUGUUUACACACUGAAGUGAAGUUACCUCUCGUGUUCAGCUGUCUGCUCUCGGUGAGGCUAAGUUUUACAGAAGCAGCUCUGACUUCCUUAGCAACGUUUGACAACAAAGAUCCAGUAACCAAGAGGAGACGGUGACACACAGCCGAGUCUGAGUCAGUGUCACAGCGCCAUCCUGUGAGGAGAAGUGGAACUGCAAGCUUAACCUCCCCUCUUCUUCUUCUUCUUAUUCGCAAAGAACUUAAAGGAAUAGUUAAAACAAAAGAAGGAAAAUUCACUCAUUACCCUCUCACCCCCGAUGGAGGGUGGGUGAAGUGUUUGGGUCCAUAAAACACUUCUGGAGUUUCAGGGGUAAACAACCUUGCAGCCAAAUCCAAUCCAAUUUAAGUAAAUUAUAACGACUUCUUCAAAUGUAAAAAUAACACUAUUGUGUUGUCAUCCAAGUGUUUGUAAGGCUGGACACUCAAAUUCAACUCGAAACAAUGUCAUUUACACUAUUGUUUUUAGCCUAAACUCAAUCAGCAUAGUGGUGAGGAGAUAAUGAGUGAAUUUUCAUUUUCCCUUUAAACAUCUUGACUCUUGAGCCGUGUUUACCCGAUUGCCUCAAAUCUCUAUUUCUUUAGAUUUCUCAGCGAUACCGCAGAUAUCCAGUGUUUGUUAGAUACAAAUCUGGUGACUGCUGGAAGUAGACAUUUGAAGAUGGGUACAUUUUGGCCAUAAGUGGAUGCACAUUGCCGGCAACACUGAGAGGUGACACAGACGGGCUGGGUCCAAGAAUUCACCCUCAUUCAAUUCUAAUCUUACCAUCUGCUUCUUUCUAGUUUCCAACUGUCCAGGUUUGUUGAGCCUGUGUCCACUGCAGCCUCAGAUUUCUGGUCUUGGAUGAUAGAAGUGAAAAACCUGAAGUGUUCUGCUGUUUUAAUCCAUUUGCCUCAGGGUUUGUUGUGUUUUCUGAGCUGCUCGGUUCAGAUAUAAAACCUGGCUGGGAAACCUUCUAACUCUGACCUCAAUACAUAGAUAAGGGGAUUACUGUAUUUAAUUUUACUGUAUUUCAAAAUAAAAGACAACCAAAUGAAUGUGUUUCAAAAUGUAUAUGUGGAAUCAUGAGAAGAUAACUCCUUUUGUUACUGAAUUUGGUUUAUGAUGUAUCAAUGUGUUUUGUGUUUAAUAAGAUCAACCCUAUAAUCACUAACCCAAUAUUUCUCUGUGAACUAAUAACUAUAACUUCACAGGCAAGUUUUUGCUGUUUAUUGUAUAAAACUCUUUUUACAAUGUUUAACAUUCAGGGUUUUAUAAUCACUCUGUUUUUACCUAUAGUUUUUUUUUUCAUGUAAUGUACAACAGUGAAUACAGGGCGACGUCAGCGACUUCACAAAUGACAGAUAAUAAAUCAAUCCACGUUAAAAAAAAACAUUCAGCGGGGGGAAAAAUGUUUUUGCUGACACAACCCUGUCUGUGACAAUGACAGAACAACGUCAAGGUGAGACCCCCGAUUGUUAACCCCUUCCCCCCUUUCUGUGACCAGCAUGUGUUGUGCGAGAAACGCCCCCUGGAAACGGGGGACAAUCCCUCCAUAUUCUGUGCAUUUCUAUGGCGUCGUUGCUGGCUCAGGGGGUUUACACAAAGGGCCAGUCUACGGCGGCAGGUAUAAAAGAAAAGGGUUAAACCAGGCAGGGUACAGUUUAGUGCAAGAGCAAGAACCGCAGCAGCUCCAGCCACAGCAGAGACCCACUGACCAGCAAAAAUGACUUCCACUGGAAUGAACACCAUGAGCAGGAUCAUCUUCUACGAGGAGAGGAACUUCCAGGGUCGCACCUACGAGUGCAUGAGCGACUGCCCCGACAUGUCCUCCUUCCUGAGCAGGUGUCAGUCCUGCAGGGUGGAGAAAGGCUGUUUCAUGGUGUACGACCGCACCAACUACAUGGGCAACCAGCACUUCCUGAGGAGGGGCGAGUACUCCGACUACAUGAGCAUGAUGGGCACCAGCGGCGACUGCGUUAAGUCCUGCCGCAUGAUCCCCAUGCACAGGGGUUCCUUCAGGAUGAAGAUCUACGAGAGGGAGAACUUCAGCGGCCAGAUGCACGAGCUGAUGGACGACUGUGAAAACAUCAUGGAGAGGUUCCGCAUGUCCAACUGCCAGUCCAGCAACGUGAUGGAGGGCCACUGGCUGAUGUACGAGCAGCCCAACUACAGAGGCAGGAUGAUGUACAUGAGGCCCGGCGAGUACAGGACCUUCAUGAACACCGGCAUGAGCGGAAUGAGGUUCAUGAGCAUGAAGCGCAUCACCGACUCCUGCUAUUAAACUCU